GAAGCCUGCAGGCUACAGAUGCUAACAGAGCAGGUCACAAAAUAUGCAGACGGUCGAGGCGGCCGGCCAGUCGCUCUGCUCCCUGGGCACCUUUCAACAGGCAGCUGUGCUUUCCGCCUGUGAAGAAUGAAGCCGAGAUCCGUCAGCUGACGCAGGGCGGGCCUGUCACUCGAGGAAGUCUCCCCGAGGCCACCCGACAGUCUCGCUCCUGCCUGCUGGGUCCGGGCUGCUUCUCCUUUCGCUCCUCGAGGACUGGCGGAGGGCCGUUCGCAUGACUUGCAGAGCAUCGUGGUCCCACGGCAGCCACGAUGGAGGCGUUCAGCUCCCGCAACUUGGCCAUGCAGGCCGAGAAGAAGAUUCUCAGCCGAAUGGCCAGCAAGUCCAUGGCCAAUAUGUUCAUUGACGACACCAGCAGCGAGAUCCUGGACGAGCUAUACCGGAUCUCCAAGGAGUACACGCAGAACCGGACCGAGUCCCAGAAGGUCAUCAAGAACCUCAUCAAGGUGGCGGUCAAGAUCUCCGUCCUGUACCGCAACAACCGCUUCAGCCCCGAGGAGCUGGCCCUGGCGGAGGAGUUCAAGAGGAAGCUCCACCAAGGAGCCAUGACGGCCAUCAGCUUCCACGAGGUGGAGUUCACCUUCGAGAAGGCCGUCCUGGCCGAGCUGUUGAGAGAUUGCAGGGACCUGCUGCUCCGGCUGGUCGAGAAGCACCUGACGCCCAAGUCUCACGGGCGCAUCCGGCACGUCUUUGACCACUUCGCCGACACGGAGCUCCUGGCGAAGCUCUACAGUCCCGGGGAGCCCUACCAGCCGCGGCUGAAGAAGAUCUGCGAGGGGAUGAACCGUCUCAUCGACGAGGGGAAGUUGUGAAACCCACCGAAGAGGAGGACGAAAAAGGUGGAAAGGAACGCGCAUGUGGGGUGGGGAGGGGGAGACACGAAAUUUAACAUUGGCCAAAUCCUUCAAGGACCUAGAGAUUCAGAUAGACUGCCUCUGGACCUGGGGGCUCCAUAACAAGAGAGCCCUGCUGGAUCAAAGGAGAGGGGACUUGUUAAGUUGUGGGCAAACAUAU